AUGGAGCAUCCAACGCUGUUGCCUAGAGAUGAGCAAUAUCCCUUGCUGAAAGUAGAUGGUGGAGCCGGGGAUAGCAUCACUAGAACCCAACCAACUACCUCCGUUGUAUCAUCACGAUGGAAUGUCACUUGUGCGAAUGGAACUAAGCAAUCAUGGUGUAGUCGUUGGCCCGGUCGAAUUUGUAUCUGCUUGCUGGAUGACUAUCGUUCUGGUGGCAAUCUCCUUCUUGGUAUUUUACGCUUGGACAAUGAAUGUUUACCCAAGACAGCCGGUUGUUAUUGUAAGAUGUAA